CUGGAUGCUGGUAUGGCAUAUGGCAGUGAUCAGGAUGCUGGUAUGGGGUAUGGGGGUGAUCAGGAUGCUGGUAUGGGGUAUGGCUGUGAUCAGGAUGCUAGUAUAGGGUAUGGCGGUGAUCAAAACACUGGUAUGGGGUAUGGCAGUGAUGAGAACGCUGGUAUGGGGUAUGGCAGUGAUGAGAAUGCUGGUAUGGGGUAUGGCAGUGAUGAGAACGCUAGUAUAUGGUAUGGUGGUAAUCAGGGUGAUGGUAUGGGGUAUGGGGGUGAUCAGGAUGCUGGUAUGGGGUAUGGCUGUGAUCAGGAUGCUAGUAUAGGGUAUGGCGGUGAUCAAAACACUGGUAUGGGGUAUGGCAGUGAUGAGAACGCUGGUAUGGGGUAUGGCAGUGAUGAGAAUGCUGGUAUGGGGUAUGGCAGUGAUGAGAACGCUGGUAUAUGGUAUGGUGGUAAUCAGGGUGAUGGUAUGGGGUAUGGCGGUGAUCAGGGUGAUGGUAUGGGGUAAGGCGGUGAUCAGGACACUGGUAUGGGGUAUGGUGGUGAUAAGGGCGCUGGUAUGACAUAUGGGGUGAU